GAAAUACAGUGCAUUCUGGGAAUUCGAAAGAUGUCAGCUAUCACGGGCUUCAUAUCCGGAAAAUCUGCAGGCUUGAUUGAGAGGGAUACCAAUGGAGAUGUAUUGUGGACGUGGUCAUAUCCAUCUGUCUCAACAACAGACAGGAAAUUCUUCAUGGAAAAAUGUCAGCUCCAGACGGGUAACAUUGUGGUACCUUUCCUGUACAGUCAGUGGAAGGGAGACUGGUACUACAUGCGCAGUGAAGCUGUGACAGACAGCAGUAAUCUCCCUAAGGUGACCCAUUUCUGUCUAGUUCUUGUAGCCAAAGAUUUCAACCCAGAAAAAUAUGAAGAACUUUGUAAGAUAUUAUCCAAGAGGUACCAGAGGUCUGGAAAUGCUACCUCAAUACUAGAAAGCUACUUGAGUGUGUUCACUAGAGGGUCAUGUCCUACAGAUGAUAAUGGUCACUUCUCUGCGAAAGAAUAUGGCAGUAAGAAAGCCUACUUGAAGUCAGAAUUGAGAGGUAUUAUAGAAACAUUUGGGAUGUCAGCUGUGAUUAUCUACACAGCAUUGAUGUUGAAGAAGAGAAUAGUAGUGUAUUACCCUCCAGACCAAAUUCACCAUCUUUUGAUGUUUGUACGAUCACUUCCUGCACUGGUUUGGCAUCGGAAAAACUGGAAUAUAGCAUUUCCAUUCAUAGAGCUGAGUGAACAGGAAUUGGAACUUUUAAAGGGAGCUAACUCUUAUGUAGCAGGAUUUACAGAUGCAUCAUUAGAAGGGAGGAAUGACUUGUAUGAUGUUUAUGUGAAUCCAACUUCAGGCCAAGUCUCUAUAGCAACACAAGCCAAAGAAGCACUAGCAAUGGGCAAGCUACACAAGGACACUGCAGCAUUUAUGGUGCAAUGUGCUGAGAGUGUGAACUUAUCAGAAGAGGAUAUUGUUCAGGAAGUUGCUAAAAAGACAAAUGAACUUUUAGACAACCUGAAGAGUUUGGCUCAGAAAGGAGAGGAUGGGAAAUUGUUUAUUACAUUGGAUACAUUGAGAGCACGAAAAAUGAACCCUGCUACGGAAAACUUUCUCUUUUCUCUGGCAGCAUGUGAAGGACUUGUCAAGUUAUAAAAACAUUUCUUCAUCAAGUUGUCCAUACUUUUCUUCAUCAACUUUGUGAAAUAACUUCUGUGAUUAUAGUUUCUUUGCCAUAUAGUACAUCAUAAAUAGUAAAAUUUUACAUUUUGAAAAUUUUGAGAAUAAAAAUAUGACAAACUGUAACAACAUAUGCUUGUCCCAAAACUAAAUGCAUUAUAUCCCUGACAUAUAGGGAUUGUGCACUUACUAAAUAUCUUUAUACCUUCCAGCCCAUCACUACAUUCAUAGUUGAAACCUUUCAGUUAUAGAUAUAUUCCUAAUUAAAAAUUUCAAUAAAAGAUGUUGUGUUACUGUCA